UUUUGUGGACUCAUAUAAUAGAAGAAAAAAUCUCAAUUGAAAAGAAACUUGUUGAAUAUUUUUCCACACCUUCUGAUCAUAUGCCAGCUGAGAAUGAGCUAGAAGCAUAUCUUAAAAAUCCAUUUAUGCAUAAAAUCCCCAUAAGACACAAGCUUUAUCAUGAAAUUUCAACAUCUCCUGAAUUGACACUGUUAAAUAUUGAAAAUUAUUUUGUUGAUGAGGAUGCUGUCAGAGAAACUGGUGAUGCCUUUUCAACAUUGUGUGAAGCUGCAUUGACAAUCACAAUAAGAGGUAGUGAAAAUAAUUUAAUUAGCGAAUAUGAUGCAUUGGUAAAGAGGAUAUGGCAGAAACUUAGUCAGAGUAUUGUGUUUGAGUUAGAAGUUAAUCGUAAUGUUGCAGAUCCUUCUGGUGCAACACAAAAGUUGUUAUGUCCAGACAUCAUUGCUUUAAUUCUUGAUGUCUUGAUUUUUAAAGCUGAAGAGAAAAGGAGUCAAAAUGAAUUUAAUGAUUGUGUUGAGGAGUUGGAAUCAAAGAUGGAAGAAUGGGAUAUUUCUCUUUUUGGUGAAUUACCUUAUUUACCAUGUUAUGCUGCUGCAGGGGAGAUUUUUAGGUGGUACAUUAUUGGGAAAGAUUUGAAGGCAUUUCCAAUUUCUCCUCGAUAUAAUCUUUUUAAUUUACUUCACCAAGUUUUGGUUCUUAUCUCAGCUCUUAAUAUGUUUCGUCUCCUUGUGAAAUUGAAAGAUCUAGUACCAUCAGCCAAUGUACCUCUUCCACUUUACAAAACUAUUACUUGUCCCCGUAACACUACAAUAUGCCGUAUCUCACAACAUGCUGUUUUAAAGGAAAUUAAACAUUUUGACAAAUAUGUUACUGAAGGUUAUACUGACUUUGAUGCACUUAAAUCAGUUUAUGAAAUUAUUCGAGAUAGUGAAUGCCUCAGCUGCUCUGUUCAAUACAUUGAUAAACCAAAGCUUAAAAAACAUCGAAAGCGUGCAUAUGAUGAUGAUGAAACCUCAUCAACUUAUUCGGUGACCUUAACACCUGUGUGUCAUUACAAGAACCCAUCCAGUGAGGAUGAAUUGAAGAAGGCUUUAUGGGGGGUACUUCAUGUUCUCAAAGUGUUGCAUUCACAUAACUAUGUUCAUAGAGACAUACGUUGGCCUAAUAUCAUGAAACAUAAAGAUUGUUGGGUGCUUUUGGAUUAUGAACAUUCAGUAAAAGCUGGACAAACUCCUAAAAUCCAAUUGUCUGAUUGGCCUUCUGAAACCACUGUUUCUUAUGAAACUAGUGCAGAUAUGUAUCUAGUGGGGUUGUUAAUAUCUAAGUCUGGGAUCACUAAUCUUUCUGAGGCUGCUCAUGAUUUGGAAAGUAAGUUGAAAUAUAGUGAUAAUACUAAAAGAUUAUCAGCACCAAAAGCAUUAGAACAUUCAUUUUUUGAUAGUUGUAAAUAUUUAUAG